UCGGACAUCUUCCAUCAGGAUGACAUAUGAAUUCAUAAGUACCAAAGUUACAGAAAAAUCUGAAUACGCUUAUCCCAGGCUGAUAUAACUCCCCAUGACAUCUCACUAGCUGAAGAUCAGUCGUUGCCUUACUACAGCUUCACUGCUUUACUCUAUACUGGGAUAUAGUAAGGUCCUGUUUGGAUAAAUAAGCUAUUGUUAUUAUUGCUAAUCAGCACUGAUUAAUUCCUCCUCAUCAUGGAGAUAGCCUACCACUUUGUACGACUUGCAGUAGUGUUGUACUGUGCAGCUGUAGUCUUUGGGGAAGAACAGAGUCCUUCCCGUCAACCAAUAUCUGAUGAGUCACCAUUGCUGCGAAGUGUGUCCACAACAGAAGAGACAAACAAACUCAAGACCUCAAACCCCAACAUGACUGAAAGUAAAGGUUAUCAACUGAGGAAGAGUAGAAGGUAUCCAGUGUGCGGCCAUCAGCUCAAGAUCAAGGACACUUUCAAAUAUAUUAACACAGUGGUGUCAUGUCUGAUAUUCAUAGUCGGGAUUAUUGGAAACUCAACCCUGUUGAGAAUAAUCUACAAAAACAAAAGCAUGAGAACUAAGACCAACUAUUUGAUCGGCAGCCUAGCCAUAGGAGAUCUGCUUCAUAUCAUAAUAGAUAUACCAGUCUCCAUGUAUAAGCUGUUCUCCAAUAACUGGACCCUUGGAGUUGAAAUCUGCAAACUGAUUCCAUUCCUGCAAAAGUCUUCUGUUGGGAUCACAGUUCUGAGCCUGUGUGCCCUCAGUAUUGACAGGUACAGAGUGGUUGCAUCCUGGAAUCACGUUGGCGGGAAUCGUGAUACUAAAUCAACCAUAUUAGAAAUAAUAUUUAUAUGGAUUAUUUCAGUCAUACUGGCAACCCCAGAGGCCAUAGGUUUUAAUAUCAAACAUUAUGAAUAUAAUGGACAAGACUUAAAAACCUGUAUGUUCUACCCAAGCCAAAUGACAUUGUUCCUGGAGUUUUACAAGACCUUCAAAGAUCCAUGGCUUUUCAGCAUCUAUUUCUGCCUCCCUUUGCUUGUUACUGCAAUGUUUUAUACUCUGAUGACAUUUGAGCUGCUACGCAAGAAAAGUGGAAUUACAAAUUCAUUGAAUGACCAUAUAAAACAGAGACGUGAUGUUGCUAAAACUGUGUUUUGCCUAGUGCUGGUAUUUGCCAUUUGCUGGCUACCUCUGCAUCUUAGUAAGAUGAUCAAGUUUAUAUUUGACUACAGAGGAUACACCAUGAACUGUGAACUUCUGAGUUUUUUCUUAUCAGUCAAUUACAUUGGUUUGAACAUGGCUAACUUAAAUUCCUGUAUUAAUCCAAUUGCACUUUACUUGGUCAGCACAAAGUAUAAAAACUGCUUUAAGUCAUGUUUAUGCUGUUGGUGUCAACCUGAAGAUUUAAAAAAUGUGGAAGAUAAACAGUCAUGUAUCAAAUUCAAAGGUCAUGAUCAUUCAUAUGAGACAUUCAACCAAGCAAAUAAAGACAUUCUCCAUGAAACAGAGAACAUAUCAAUGUGAUUUCAAUACUGUGGCUUAUUCCACCAAAUCCUUUCUUUGCAAGAGAAUAUGAAAUGAUAAGCUGGAUUUCAAGUUGCAGCACUAAAAAACAUACUACAAAGACCAAAAAAAACUACUCAAGAGUGCAUCAGCUCUUACCAACACUCCACUCUCAUUGGUCAUCUAGGUUUAAAGGGGUACUCCCCUCGAAAAUAUUUUUUUUUAUAUCAACUGGUGCCAGAAAGUGAAACAGAUUUGUAAAUUUCUU